AUGAAUUUCGGCAGAAACGCCGCGACCGGCUAUGAACGCCUGGCCCAGGCGGACCAGUUCAGCGACGAAUCCGACGAUGAGCUCAUGGGCCAGUCCUCAGCCUCGCUGCAGCACCCUCCCCCUCGUUUCAACCAAACCGGCCAGCCUCGGCACCGCUCGGCCGCACACAGCCCUAGAGCUUCGAUAUCGAGACCCAAGUUCCGCCAGCGUGUUGGUAGCAAUGCCGGUGUCGACCUCAAAGCCAUCAAUGCCCGGCUCGAGCGCUGGGCCGACGAAAUCGCGUCCAAAUUCAAGCGCCGCGGAAGAGACAGUACCGGCCAGGAAGAGCGUUAUGAGAUCCACCAUUCCGUAUUUCAGCCUCCCGAUGGGGUGCGGCCCGUCACGAUAGAGGACAUGGCGGACCUGCAACCCGGGCAUAUGUCGAGAGCCGAGUUCGAAGAAAUAGUCGAAAGCGUGCGGGUGGCAAUCCGGCAAGAGGUGCAUCCAAGCAUGAUCUCUCAAGGAAGUUCCGGAAGUUAUUUUGCGCGAGAUCCGGAUGGGAAAAUUGUAGGAGUCUUCAAGCCCAAGGACGAGGAGCCGUAUGCAGCCGGCAAUCCGAAGUGGAACAAAUGGAUUCAUCGGAACUUGUUCCCUUGCUUCUUUGGAAGAGCUUGCUUGAUUCCCAAUCUAUCCUACGUGAGCGAAGCUGCAGCUUAUGUGCUGGACUGCCAGCUGCGAACGCACCUCGUCCCCUACACCGAUGUCGUCUGGCUUUCUUCGAAAUCGUUUCACUAUCCCUUCUGGGAUCGACGCAAAUUCAGAAAGAGAAAGACGCCUCUGCCGGCGAAACCGGGCAGCUUCCAGGUCUUCCUGAAGGGCUUCAAGGACGCUAAUGUCUUCCUCCGAGAGCAUCCGUGGCCAGAUCAAUACUGGUCUGGAUUCCGCACAAACGAGACGCACAGGAACAAGAGACAGGGGAAAUGGACUGAGAACUGCCGCCCUUCAAGUGGUCCUAGAUUAGACGACGCCGAAUAUAGUGACGGCGAACACAACGAAGAGCCAACAACACCACGAGACCGGUUUGCUUGGUCUGAACCGCUGAAGCAAUCCUUCCGGGAGGAGUUGGAGAAACUCGUCAUCCUGGACUACAUUAUGAGGAAUACCGAUCGCGGUCUCGAUAACUGGAUGGUCAAGAUUGAUUGGGAGACUGAAAAAGUCUCAGUGGUAUCAGAUCCAAUUCGUAUGAAUAUGGAGACAGUGGCUGAGGAAGAAGGGCAAGGGCCACGACCGGUUGAUUUGAGCAAUCGUCCAACUAGCUCUGCACCAAGAGCUUCAAAUCCUUACAGGAGCCAAAAACCCAUGGAUGCCUCAAGUACCAGAGCAGUCAAAGGCGCACCACAGAUCUCCCUUGGCGCAAUCGACAACUCCCUAUCAUGGCCCUGGAAACAUCCCGAUGCUUGGAGAAGCUUCCCCUUUGGCUGGCUCUUCUUACCUGUCGAUCUCAUCGGCCGGCCGUUUUCUCAAAAGACGCGAGAUCACUUUCUGCCUUUGCUGACUUCCGCCACUUGGUGGAGCCAGACUUCAUUGGCCCUCAAACGAGUCUUCCAGAAUGAUAACGACUUCAAGGAGAGAAUGUUUGCCAAGCAACUAGCAGUUAUGAAAGGCCAGGCCUGGAACGUCGUCGAGGCCUUGAAGACUCCGGAUCACGGUCCCCUGGAGCUGACCCGUCGUACCAAAGUCUGCGUCUGGGACGAUUUGGUAGAUGUGCCAAUUGCAGUGCCAAUGCGCAUAACUUCAAACGACUCGCAGCGGAACAUCCAGCCGCGCGACAGCAUGGAUGAGGCAGACAUCGCCGGGUCAGUGCCUGCAAACCAAUCCAAGGUUGACGACCUCCUUGGCCUGCACUCUCCGGCAGACAUGCCACACCCAGGGCGGUUCGAGGUCACCACGCCCAACGACGACGGGGCCAUGUCUCCUGUCAACGAGCGCCACGCCUACGCCUCCUCGGGUCCGGCCCCAUCACGGACGAGCCUCCCAGCCAUGGAGCGCCCGUCAAUGCACCCCACCAGCAGCUACCACAGCGUAAACCCGCCCCUCAACCCUUACGACGCCGCCCGUCAGAAGCACCAGCGCAGGUACUCUACCGCCUCGGGGUCCCACCACAACAACCUCAGCAUUGCUCAGCAGAUUUACAACGGCGACGACCUCGAAGGUGACAUCGGCUACGCCGCGGCAGAGGGCCAAAUGGGGAAUCAACGAAAAGUCAUCGUCGAGCGUCUCGAGACCGUCAAAACAAGCCCAGUCUUCACCUGGUGCUAA